AUGCCCUCGCACUCUCAGAGCCACUCUCAGAGCAAUCGCAACGACCUGUUUCCCUUCCUCACCAAGCUUCGCGAUGGCGCCAUUGAGCUUAUCUUCGGUCGUCAUCCUUCCAAGGCCGCCCCCGCUGCGCCCAGAUACUCUCACUCGCGAUACGCCAACGAGCUGGUCUUGCGAUUUAACGUCACCACUACCGCCGAUGAGGCUGCCCUCGCCGAAGCUGCCGCCCAGCUUUUCCUUGAUGUGUGGGCUUUUACGACUGAAUUCGUUGACAUCCGGCUCCAUGCCAAGGAAGUGCAGCCGCUGCUCAGUCUUCUGCCUCCGUCCCUACGGGCAUCGCAAUCAACCCUGAUACCGGAUCUGGCCGCUGCAGUGUACCAGCAAAUGCCAUCAGCUAAGAGCAGCACCUUGGCUCCAGAGGGAAUUAGUUGGGCGCUGUCGGAGCCGCUGAGGUCUGUUGAUAAUCUCUUCUUCCAGGACUACCAGCCAUUGCCCGUCAUCGUCCGCUGGAUGCGUCUGCUAGAGGCCAUGUUUCCAUCAUAUGUCAGAUUCAUCUCGAUCGGAAAAUCGUUUGAAGGGCGAGACAUUCCUGCCCUCCGCGUCGGUGUCCCGGAGCUCGCCGACCCUAGCAAGCCGCGAAAAAUGAUUGUCGUCACCGGCGGUCUUCACGCUCGAGAAUGGAUUUCAACGAGCACUGUCAACUACGUGGCUUGGUCAUUCAUCACAUCGUUUGGCAAAGAGCCAAUGAUUACCAAGUUCUUGAGUCACUUUGACGUUGUCUUCAUUCCAGUAGUCAACCCCGAUGGAGUUGAAUACAGCUGGGAGGUCGACCGUCUGUGGCGCAAGAACAGACAGCAGACAAAUCUGCGCUUCUGUCGCGGCAUGGACCUGGACCAUGCCUUUGGCUUCGGCUGGAACCAUGCAGAGACCCAAAGCGACCCGUGUUCGGAGAGCUAUGGCGGAGAUAAACCUUUCCAGGCCACCGAAGCCGACGUGCUUGCCCAGUGGGCCAGAAACGAGACGGAGCACAAUGUCAAGUUUGUCGGACUGCUGGACCUCCACUCGUAUUCGCAGCAGGUCCUCUUCCCGUACUCAUACACAUGCUCCACCGAGCCUCCCAAUCUCGAAAACUUGGAGGAGCUGGCCAUGGGAAUUGCCAAGGCGAUUCGCUUGUCUAACGGAGAGUCGUACUCAGUCACCUCCGCCUGCGAGGGUGCCGUCGCUUCCACAGACUCUGGCGACCGUCAUCCAGUCUGGCCUCGCAUCGAAUCAGGCGGCGGGUCCGCCAUCGAUUGGUUCUACCACGAGCUGGGUGCGCACUUUAGCUACCAAAUUAAGCUCCGAGAUACGGGGAGCUAUGGCUUCCUCCUCCCCAAGGAGUACAUUGUCCCGACGGGAGAGGAAGUGUUUGACGCCAUGAAGUACUUUGGGGACUAUCUCCUGGGGAACAACGGCAUCGAGAAGACGAUUGGGAACAUGGAGGAGAUUGUGAAUCUGGAAUUCGACGAAACCCAAGAAACAUUUGCAGAGCUUCGGCGCCGCAGAUUGCGAAGAUAG